AGCUGGUAAUGUCAGCGGCCAAAAAGUUGUUCAGUGUUUUUGUUUUGAGGUCGUAAUACGUUUUAACUCUGGUAUGUAGACUUGGCUCAAAAAGCUUUAGAUUAAUCUGCAAUGAGCUACCGAAGUGGAAAAGCAGCUAAACUGCCCCCUGAAAGAAGAGACAAGCUCGAAAGUUUGCCCAACACUGCAUUGACUGCUGUAGCAUUACAAGAUCACUGGGCAAGAUCUCUAUCACUCAAAGAUCCUGUUAAAAAGAAGAUCAACCAUAGUUUACCAGUUGCAGCCAAGCCUAGAUCCACAGCAGCACGCAUCAAAGGGGGAAAAGGCCCUGAAACAAGAGAAUCUAAUAAAGAAUAUGUGCUGGACCCUGUGCCACCCCCACCAACUUUAGCACAAAAGUAUGGCCUGGUUGAAGCUCCUGAGAAGCUAUUAUCUGACACAGACUGGCAAAGUGUGAAGCAGCAGUCAAAUGCAAGGCUUGACUCUACACUACCUUGUGUGAUAUGUAAGGAGGAUUUUGGCAACCUACAGCAGGUCCUCUUGUCCUGUAGCCACGUCUUCCAUAGGACUUGUCUUGAAGCAUUUGAAAAGUUCUCAGGUAAGAAAUGCUGUCCAAUGUGCCGCAAGGAAAAGUACCAGAAACGGAUUAUACACGAGGGAGCAAAGCAACACAGAGUCAAAUGUGUCAUCAGGAUCCAGGCUGCCUGGCGAGGCUAUGUGCUAAGGUCAUGGUACAGAAAACUGAGGCAGACUGUGGCUCCUAAAGAUCCCAAGCUAAGACAAAAAUUUUACGAAAACAAGCUACAGAGUAUCACUGAUAGACUGGUCGGAUCAAUGGAGGCAAGCAGAGCGACUGUAGACAAUCUGAUGUCUGAGAUCAACCAGUCUCUUGCAAGUAGCCGCAAUAUCAUGAGUCGAAUAGACGGUGAUUGCAUCAAAUCGCCAAUUUCCAGUCAAGAAUGGGAACAGGCACGGCUUAAGGCCGUGGAGCGGUGCACAACCGAUUGCCCCAUAUGCAUCAUGCCUCUUGCCCAGCAAGGCCUGUAUAACCGUGAGACCAGCGCAUGCGCAGGGAAGCACAGGCCUUCCGUACUACUCUCGUGCUCACACGUAUUCCACAUGACAUGCCUGCAAGCCUUCGAAGAGUUUACCACCAGCACUAAACACGUCUGCCCUGUGUGCAGGGCAACGUACCAGAAACGAGUCUUGUGACAUGGCGACGUACCAGAAACGAGUCUUGUGACAUGGCGACGUACCAGAAACGAGUCUUGUGACAUGGCGACGUACCAGAAACAAGUCAUGUGACAUAGGGUGACGUGCCACAAACGAGUCAUGUGACAUAGGGCGACGUACCACAAACAAGUCAUGUGACAUAGAGUGACGUACCACAAACGAGUCAUGUGACAGGGCGACGUGCCACAAACGAGUCAUGUGACAUAGGGCGACGUGCCACAAACGAGUCAUGUGACAUAGGGUGACGUGCCACAAACGAGUCAUGUGACAUAGGGCGACGUGCCACAAACGAGUCAUGUAACAUAGGGCGACGUGCCACAAACGAGUCAUGUGACAUAGGGUGACGUGCCACAAACGAGUCAUGUGACAUAAAUCUCUAUAAAUUUUGAUAAAUUUAAACUAAUUCCCUUCUUUCGGAUGAUUCAAAUUAUAUCUCGGAUACUU